AUGCCUCGUUACUGUUUAUUCGGGGAUACAGUCAACACUGCUUCUAGAAUGGAAUCCAACGGGGAAGGUAGAGUACAAAUUAGACUUGCCUACAAGUCGAGCUCAAAUUUUUUCACGAGCGCGAAGCGAGAGCAUUAGUUUUUUAUGUUUCUGCGGCAAAAGCGAGCGAGCGAGAGAGUGCUGGGGCCAACUACCGGAACCGGAAAUGAGAAACGAAGGACUUUUAGAAAGUCUAAGUACAAAUAAAAAUUAUGCUCUUUUCGCCUACUCGCGUCUGUUUGCAUUCUUACCCUACCUUACAAUCGUCAAAUCAUCGGGUUCAUCUUCGACUUUACGUCCCUCGCUGUUUUCAUUUUCUUUGCUUCGUACCAUAAUCGUGGCAUUUUUUUUCUCUCUUUUCACUCCCUCGUCUUUUUUUCUUCUUUCUCCUCAGCUUUGUGCUGAUGGUGUGGUAGAUAUCCCCCUUGACAGUUGUUGACAACUCGUGAAUAAGAUCUACUUUUUAUCACCAACUUUUUGACGAGGAAAGACAAAUGUUCCCGUUUUGUGUGAUACAUUCAGCUCAAUUUUUCAGAAAGCGCAGAAAGAUAAGUUAUUGCGGAAUUGAAGAACCUAAAAGAUAAAAAGUGACAGAAGCUACAUGACCUGAUAGAUUUCAGGUUGGUAAAAAUUUUAGGAUAUUGCCAAGGUAAUGAACAAAUUCUUCUUUCGUUCUGCUUUAUAGCUCUACGAAUCCACAUAAGCGAGGUCACGAAGAGAACACUAGAAACCAUAGGGGGAUUUGUUGUUGAGAGCAGAGGAGAGGUUUAUCUUAAGGUAAGCUGAGAAAUUACACAUUAUUGCACUCUUUAAAGCUUCAAACGAACUGAAAGCUCAGCGUAAAAGUAAAUACGAAAGCUGCAGUUAGAAGGAAGCGACGGUAAUGCUUUCCACAACUCUGUCAUUAAAACGAUCUCGGUGUCUCUUCCUUUCAUGCGGUUAUCAAUCAUUGUUCGAAUGGCGUGUUUAGAUACUCCUGCUCAUGUCUCCGUACCAUUUUGUGUUCCGUUGAUUAUUAGUUCUGCUUAUUUUACCAGGGAAAAGGAAGUGUGAACACCUUCUGGCUUCUAGACGCUGCGCAGAAACCGACCCACAAGCCCCGUCAGGUAUCCAAACUUUCAAACAGCAUUCCCUCGGAAUUCCCCCUUUUGUCUCUUCCGGGAUUCAAAAGCGGCACUCUAGGAUCUUCUUCCUCUAUCGUGAGUGGUUUGAAACGUUCCUCGUCACUUCGUGUCAGUCACUUCCGUAAAUCCCAGGGUUCUCCGAUUCUCAAACGAUGGCAAAAACUCGAAGAUCCCCCGAGACAACCUUCGAGAGACAGUUUACCUUCAAAGUUGGAUCCCACUGGUAACCAGUCGACUCAUAUGUAA